GCACCAACCUGUCUUUUCGGUCCUCCUCUAUAUAUAUAUAUCUCUUGCCCAUCUCCUUGAAUCCUUAAAUCCCUCUUCCUACCGCCACCGCCCUCUUUAAGCCUUCAUAAACUACACUCUCCUAGCAAAAUGCUAACCUUUUUGUAUCCACGAGCACAGACACUAACACUACUUCUUAUGUCUCUUCUAUUACCACUCGCCAAGCCUUUCACGGUCAUCGUGUCGGAUUCUAGCAACCAAUCCGCCCUCGUGGACGGGCCGCAAUCUGGGUUCACGAUGAACAAGAAUGGAGCUCGGACCGAUGCUCGUGAGCAAGAAGCGGUCUAUGACAUCAUGCGAGCCACUGGCAACGACUGGGCAACCGAUAUCCCUGAUGUUUGUCGUGGCCGGUGGCACGGUAUCGAGUGCAUGCCGGACAAGGACAAUGUGUACCAUGUUGUUUCAUUGUCCUUCGGCGCCUUGUCCGAUGACACUGCUUUCCCCACAUGCGACCCGGCAAGGUCCUACAUCUCAGAGUCUAUCAUGAAGCUUCCCCACCUCAAAACUUUGUUUUUUUACCGUUGUUUUAGCGACAACCCACAGCCUAUCCCUUCAUUUUUGGGGCAACUGAGCCCAACUUUGCAAACCUUGGUACUCAGGGAAAACGGGCAUGUAGGCCUUGUUCCUACUGAAUUAGGAAAUCUUACACGUCUGAAAGUUCUUGAUCUCCACAAAAACAAUCUUAACGGUUCAAUUCCUGUUUCAUUGGGCCGGCUGGCCGGCCUCAAAUCGUUGGACUUGAGUGGGAAUAAACUGACCGGUUCAAUUUUCAGUUUAAGUUUCCCGGUUUUAAAUGUUUUGGACCUGAGCCAGAAUAUGCUCACGGGUUCAAUUCCAUCCUCCCUUGGUUUUUGUCACUCUCUAAUCAAAAUUGAUUUUAGUCGAAAUCGUCUAGGUGGUUCCAUUCCAGAGUCAAUUGGUAGCCUAAAAGAGCUUAUUCUAAUGGAUUUGAGCUAUAAUCGGCUAUCAAAGCCGCUUCCAACAUCCAUUAGAAGCUUGAAUUCUCUCCAAGCAUUGAUUCUCAAAGGAAAUCCAAUGGGGUCUACUAUCCUUGCUAGUGAAGAGUUUGAUGGUAUGAAGAGUCUAAUGGUUUUAAUUCUAUCAAACACAAAUUUGCAAGGUCCAAUCCCCGAGUCACUAGGCCGGUUAACAAACCUUCGGGUCAUCCAUCUUGAUGGGAACCACUUAAAUGGUUCAAUUCCUACAAACUUCAAGGACUUGAAAAACCUUGGUGAAUUGAGACUCAAUGACAAUCAACUAACUGGGCCGGUUCCAUUUGGAAGAGAAAUGGUGUGGAAGAUGAGAAGGAAGCUUAAACUUCACAAUAACACAGGAUUGUGUUAUGAUGCUAAUAGUGGUUUUGAAGAUGGUCUGGAUUCUACAUUCGAUUCGGGUAUUGGUUUAUGCAACACACCUGAACCCGGUUCAGCAAGGACUGUGCAACAUCUUUCUGCAAUUGACGGGGAGACUAUGCCAAGUACAACUAAUAAAUCCUCAGCAGCACUUCAUAAAGCUUCAGUUUUUGUUAGGUUGCUUCAACAAACAAUAGCUAUUGUGUCUACUUUAAUUUUCAUUUCAACGUGAGAAACAGAAGGCAUGUAAGAAUUAGUGUCAUACUACAUUGUUUUCAUUUGUAUCAUAAAUUGGUUAGGUUGUAGUGCACUCCUAUUGGUGUUGGAAGAAAUAUCUUCAGG